UUUGAAUGGGAAUUUAGAUGUAGACUUUUCAGCUACGCGGGUGUAUUAUGAUUCGUGCAUGUAGCAUCCCCACUGCCGUCAUCUACUAUGGAGCCUGCUUGGAGGCAGCAGGGUAAAGGGAGGGGCCGAGGACAGGCCAGGGGCCAGCCCCUGUCGGAGACCGUUGUCAGCAGGCCCCAGCGAGAAAGGAGCGGUCAGCCUCCUGAUGCCCGAGUGCACACAAAUCCCUGGUCAGGGAGGGGCAACAGAAGGCCUCAGAGGGACACUGCUGAGCCAAUCCCAAGCAGAGAGCUUUCAUCCCAGUCCAAGUUUGAAGAGAUCAGAAGAUCCAACCAAGCUGCGGCACAGAGGUUUACGGAGAGCCAGUACAGCUCUUCUUCAGAGGAAGAUGAGGGAGACGAAGAGCUCUGUGGAAAACAUGGGAUGAUUUUGGAUUCGACAUUCACUACGUACACUUGUCAGACAGGUGGAGACAUCACAGAUCUGGAACGCACCAGGCAGUACUUAAAUGAUGCCUUUCAGUCUGGAGCCGUUACCUGCCUCAUCUGCAUUGCCUCUGUGAAAAGAAACCAGGCGGUCUGGAGCUGUUCUGGUUGUUACUGCAUUUUCCACUUGCCCUGCAUUCAAAAGUGGGCCAAAGACAGCAUCUUCCUUGUUUCUUCUGUGACGGAUGAGGACUUUGGGAAGAAGGAGUACCCUUGGCCGUGCCCCAAGUGCCGCCAUGAAUACAAGCCACAGGAAACGCCAAAUAGAUAUUGCUGCUACUGUGGGAAGGUGGAAGAUCCACCUCUGGAUCCCUGGCUCUUACCUCACUCCUGUGGCCAGGUGUGCGAUCGUGAAUUCAAGCCUGCCUGUGGCCACCGCUGUCUUCUUCUCUGUCACCCAGGUCCUUGCCCACCCUGCCCAAAGAUGGUGCAGGUGUCGUGUCUGUGUAAGAAAGCAACCCCUGUGCCGAGGCGCUGCAGCGCCAAGGCUUGGUCCUGCCAGCAGCGCUGCGGCAGGGUCCUUCCAUGUGGCCAGCAUGCCUGUGAGAACUUGUGCCAUGCAGGUGACUGUGAACCUUGUCCCCGGGUCAGCAAGCAACGCUGUGUGUGCGGCAGACAGGUGUCACAGAGGCUGUGCGCCAGUCCUGUGUGGCACUGUGAGCUGUCCUGUGGGAAACCCCUGCCUUGUGGGAACCACACAUGCGAGAGGGUGUGUCACUCCGGCCCGUGUGGCGAGUGUCCUCGUUCAGGAAGCAGGCUCUGCCCUUGCGGCAAGUCCAAGUGUUCCCUGCCCUGCACUGAGGAUGUGCCCACCUGCGGGGACACCUGUGGGAAGGUCUUGGGCUGCGGCCUGCACACCUGCUCAAUGCGUUGCCACCGGGGGCCCUGCGAGACGUGCCGACAGGAGGUGGAGAAGCAGUGCCGCUGCGGGAAGUACACUCGGUGCAUGCCCUGCCACAAGGAGUACCUAUGCGAAUCCAAGUGCCCGAAGACCCGUAGCUGCCAGCGGCAUCAGUGUAAGAGGAAGUGCUGCCCGGGGAACUGUCCACCGUGUGACCAGAGCUGCGGUCGAACCCUGGGCUGCCGGAACCACAAGUGCCCUUCCGUCUGUCACCAGGGCAGCUGCUACCCGUGUCCUGAGACGGUGCAGGUGAGGUGCCACUGUGGCUCCACAGCACUGACUGUGCCCUGUGGCCGGGAGAAGAGCACCAGGCCACCAAGGUGUAAGGAGCUGUGCAGGUCACCGCCGACAUGCCACCAUAGCAGCCGCGAGAAACAUCGCUGCCACUUCGGCACCUGUCCGCCUUGCCGGCAGAUCUGCCAACGCGUCCUGGAAGCAUGCGGGCACACCUGCCCGGCCCUGUGCCAUGAUGAAGUGAUGGUGAAGAAGACUGACCGGACCCAGCUGGCCGGCCCCUGGGAGCAGCUCUCGGAGCCAGCCUUUGUCUGCAAGGCCCUCCCAUGUCCCCCAUGUCAGGUGCCCAUCGACACAGCCUGCCUUGGGGAACACGAGGUGAGUCCUCUGCCUUGCCACUCCUGCGGACCCUUCUCUUGCGGCAGGCCAUGUGGCCGGCUCCUGGCCUGUGGGAACCACAGAUGUAAUCGGGAAUGUCACAGCGUGACUCCGACAUGUGCAACGGAUGACAAGCAGCAGGCUGGGAAGGAGUGCCAGCGCUGCGAGGAGAGCUGCGGCCGGCCUCGGCCCCAGGGCUGCCCUCACCCGUGCCCCCUGCCUUGCCACCCUGGCGCCUGCCCCCAGUGCAAGCAGAUGGUCCGCGUGAAGUGCCACUGCAAAAUUGCCACCCUCUUCAUCGAAUGCUUGAAACUGACAACUGCUGACGAAGAAACGAGAAAGUUGCUGGAGUCCUGUCAGAACCAGUGUCCUAAGGAGCUGCGUUGCGGUCAUCGAUGCAAGGAGACGUGCCACCCAGGUACCUGCGAUGAGACUUGUAACCAGAAAGUCAAAGUCAAAUGUCCUUGCAAAAGGAUCAAAAAGGAAUACCCAUGCUCAAAGGUGUGCGAGGGUCAAGCCAAAGUUCAGUGUGAUGAAGCCUGUAAACUGCUGAUGAAGAAGGCCUCAGAGAUAAAAGAAGCUGAAGAAAGAGCAGCAAUUGAGGAGGAAAAGAAGAAACAGCAGGCAGAGUUGGAGGCCUUCGAGAAGAGGAUGAAGGGACGGCGCAAGAAGAACAGGAGGAACACCGAGGUGGAGGCUGAAGAGAGCCUGUGGCAGAAGUACAGGAAGUACACAAUGGUGCCUGUUUGUGGGGUGCUGUUGGCCAUGGCCACGUUCUACAUGCUGCAGACGAGUUAAAUAUGCCGUAGAUACAACCGCAGAAUUAGGCCCGCUGUAGCGACAUGCAAGAAGGAACGUACUGUAAUCAGAUCGUAUCCAGUUUUUUUUUCUUUUUUAUGAAGCGGAACAGCAGCAUUUUUCCAUAGAAAGAGUGCAUGACUUGUAUGAACAGCACUGAUUAAACCCAGUAGCAACAACACGCAACUUAAGAUCCUUCAGAAGAAAUGUGAAUGAUAACAUUUGCAAGUUAAACUAUUGUUUUCAGAAACAAUUAGCAAGUUCACUUUUCAUUUUUUCCUUUUUCCUCAUGUUAAGGAAAUCCACACAUAACACAAAAAAAUGUAAAUUGAUGGAAAUCUGAGGCAGCUGCUUCUGUUACCUACAUUCUUAAAUUAAUAUUAAAUAUGGCUAUAUGUUUUCUGGACCUUAAUUAAAAUGUUUGUUCUCUAUGAGCUUUCAUCCGAAGAUUCAGAUGUGCAUUUUUGUGUGGUUAUUGUU